CACUACCGCCCUUGCUACUUCACCUUGUCCUCUUUUAUCAUCUUAUUAUCUUGACAACCGAGAGGAAUACAGGGUUGAUAACUUAAAGUCAAAGUCUUGUUAUCUUGAGCUUUUACUAACCCAGUUGAGAAACUUAAAUCUCUUCUGGAUAUUCUUGCUCAUUCAUCAUGAACCACUACCCUGAAGCCUGGGGGAGACCCAGGGAUGAUGUUUAUGGCCGUUACGAUCACUCUUACCUGCAGACUUCUGGCCCCAAGGCCCACACCCAAUCACCUGCCGUAACUGGAACGUCUGUAGUCGCAGUUAAGUUCAAUGGAGGAGUUGCGAUAGCUGCGGAUAACUUGGCAUCGUACGGUUCCCUUGCUCGCUUCUCCGACGUCAAGCGUCUUCGUGUAUUUGGAGAUGCCGCGAUAAUUGGGUUUGGUGGCGAUGUGUCUGACAUGCAAUAUAUCGACCGCCUUCUUGACUCCGUUGACAUCAGGGAGAACUAUUCGUCAAAUGGUAACACCCUCAACGCGAAGAAUAUCCACACCUACCUCUCGAAGGUCUUUUAUAAACGUCGCACCGAUAUGAAUCCUCUCUGGAAUCAUAUUCUUGUGGCAGGCUUUGAUGGAGAUGGUAAACCAUUUCUAAGCUCCGCCGACCUCCUUGGAACGACCUUCUCCAGUCCGCACUUGGCGACCGGGUUUGGCGCACAUCUUGCGGUCCCGAUCCUCCGUCGACUGUUCCCGGAAGAAAAACCCAUCGAAGAGUUCAGCAAAGAUCAGGCUGUUGCAGCACUCAGGGAGUGUAUGAAGGUCCUGUGGUACAGGGAUGCGCGGAGCCACGACAGAUUUUCGAUAGCGACGAUCACCAAGGAAGGUAUCGAGCUAAACGAGAAUGAGCAGGUUGAGGCUCAGAGCUGGGCCUUUGCAGAAGUCGUAAAGGGAUACGGGGCACAAACUGUUUAGCUUUCCUUUUUGUUCUAGAGUCUGGACUGACGGAAAAUAUGCCUAUGAAUUCGAAAGUUCACAG